UAGUUUUUUGACAUCACUUCCUCGUUCAGCGGUCAGGUAGAACUGCGGAGACCCUACAUUCGUCCUCACCAUGUUUACCUUGGUCCCAUGUUAACCGCCACCACUAUGGCCUGUGCGGGCUCCGGAGUGGACCUGUGGUCGGUGCCCGUCACCGCGCUGAACGUGACCACGCGCCGGACGCUGGCGCUCUACUUGAACCCGAAGAACGCGGUGGCCGCGGACUGGACGGCCGCGGCCGAGGCCAUGGGCUUCACCUACCUGGAGAUCAAGAACUACGAGGCGGUCCGCAGCCCCACCGCCGCGCUGCUGGACGAGUGGCAGGCGCGGUCCCGGGACGCGACCGUCGGGAAGCUGCUGUCCAUCCUGGGGAAGUUGGAGAGGAACGACAUCUUGGAGGAUCUGCGCCCGUUGAUAGACGAGGACGUCCGGCGGCACUGCGAGAGGAGAGCUGAUCGCCCCCUGCAGGUUCCGGAGGUGGACAGCUGUGUCCCCCGCACGCCUGAGAGGGUUGGUAUCACCCUGGAGGACGACCCCAAUGGUAGCCCUGAGAUGUUUGACGCCUUCAUCUGCUACUGCCAGAGUGACUUUGAGUUUGUCCACGAAAUGAUCCGUGAGCUGGAGCAGACGGAGUACAAGCUGAAGCUGUGUGUGUUCGACCGAGAUGUGCUCCCGGGCUCCUGCGUGUGGACCAUCACCAGUGAACUCAUUGAGAAGAGGUGUAAGAGGAUGGUGGUGGUGAUUUCUGAUGAAUACCUUGAUAGCGAUGCCUGUGACUUUCAGACCAAGUUCGCUCUCAGCCUCUGUCCUGGAGCCCAGAAGAAACGUCUCAUUCCAGUGAAGUACAAAUUGAUGAAAAAGCCAUUCCCCAGCAUCCUGCGCUUCCUCACCGUGUGUGACUACACCAGGCCCUUCACACAGGCCUGGUUCUGGGGGCGGCUGGCCAAGGUUCUAUCACUGCCAUAACCGUGGACCUGGCAGACAAUUGUGUUUAUAAGUGGGCUUUUUUAUUCUAUGUUGGACAAUAGUCAAACAUUAAAGGGUUCAAAUGUAUGCUGUUGCUUGUGAUCCACGUCCUGCUUGGCAUCUGAUCCCACCUGCGAUUUCCUGUGUAUGGUGUGCAUUUCAGUGGCACCUUUCGUGAUUCCUUUGAAGACGACUGCAUUAAAAUGUCAUCAAAGUUCUCAGAGAGCACAAAGCAAACAGCCAUUAUUAUGUUAUUGCAGAUUGUACCUGCCGGCCACUAUUUUGGAUUGAUGUAAGAUAUAAUGGUGAAGUGGAUCUGUUGGUAUUUAGGGCAGUAUGUACUAAACACACACACACACACACACGCAGGCACACACACACACACACACACACACACACACACACACACUGUAAAAGCUCUUUUUUCUGCCCUGGCCACUUCCUCCCACGAGUCGACUUCUAUAUGAAAUUGUAACUCAAAGAGCAAGAUGUGUUGUGAUUGUGAUACUUCCACAUGUUCGGUUUUACUGACUCCUGUCUCCUGCCUUUCUCUCUCACUUUCUCUGUCACCGUGAUGCCUUUGCAGUUGACUUUGUAUUUUUGAUACUUCUGCAGAACGGUUCCAUGGAAAGGAAAUGUUAUUGUACCUUGCAACAUUUGUAUGAGUGAUAUGAUUAAUAAAAAUAAAUUUUAUGCA